AGUGCCUUGAGAUUGCCGCUCGCCAAGUGAACGUUCCGACGUGGAAACCUUAUACACAUGUCUAACUACACAAGCUAAUCCCAGCCAGACCAAAUCAGCCUUGAAUCGGCAGCUCAGGAACCCGACUAACUUAAUGCUAGCCCGCUGCUCCAGUUGGCACGGAAGGAGGAAGUAGUUUUGGAUCGAUAUCAUGAGCUCGCGACAAGCUGGAUUCGUCCUGGACGCCAAGUCCAUGAACCUGAGUACCUCGAGACCGCCAUCACCAUCACCGGCAGCUGCCACUUUCAGAUGUCAGGAGUCGCAGCAGAGCAAUGCCUCCCAGCUGGAUGCCCGGGCGGCGGAGGAAUCCUCCCUGGAAACCUCGACCCAGGUUCAGAGCAGUUCCAGCACGGAGUCUAUUUCCACCGAUUAUUACCGCUGCCUGCUCCAAAAGCUGCGGGAUGCCACCGGCGACGCCGGCAAAAUGAGCUUCGAGCUGAACAAUAUAUUCCUCAAGCGGCUGGACGAGAUUGACUGCCUGGAUGGGCAGGGAGGUGACGCAAUGUACACCUCGCAGCUGCGUCUGGUCACCUAUCAGGAGUGGGUGGACAUCCUGCUGCACGUGAACAACGUAGUCCUGGGCAACAUGUCCGACUUGGAGGAGGAGGCCUACGGCAAGAUCAUGGACUGCGUUCAGUCGGUCCAGGGUGAGCAGCAACAGGCGCUGGAAGUGAACCGCAAGCUGCAGAAGGACAUUUGCGCCCUCAUAAAACUAGUGCAGACUGCCCAUCAUCACGGCACUUGGGACCUGAAGGGGCUGUCGCUGGAGACCAUGACCGUGAAGGAGCUGAUGGGCGUGGGCGCGGAUGAGCCGCUGCCGGAGAGCGAGAGCGAGAAGAUGGCCGAGUGUAUGAAGUCUCUGGUCAGCGAGAUGGCCGCCAAGCACGACGAGCUCUGCCACCUGAAGUCCCAGAUCGGCGCCCUGGACGAAGUGAUCCUCACGGCCAGGCAGAAGCUGCUCCUCAAGGAUCAGUGCAUAGCCCAGCUCAAUCAGCAGUGUACUCAACUCAAAAGACUCAGAAAUUCCUUACCCACACCAUUUGAUUUCCGAACAUCCCAAAAAAAGCUGCAAGAGAUCACUGAGUGCUUUGCCACCAUGUCGGAGCACACGAAAUGCAUGGGUCCCUCUACAAAUGUGAACUCCUGCGGGGAUUUGGGACAGGAUCAGGCGAAGCUGGAGGAGACCGCCAGUGAUACGCUGACCGGCGAUACGAUCACGAACAACAUGCUGGAGAACCUUACGAUGCAGGACUCCCAGGAGAGCGAGAUGCUCCGGAUGCUGAACAGGGAACUCAACGAGGUCUUCGAAUUGCACCACAAACAGGACUACCAGGCCAUGGAGUGCAGCCGGAAACGUCUCUCCUGCUUCUUCGAAAAGUUGACAUCUGAGCGUGAUGAUACCGUGAGGAAACUGGAGAGCAUUCGCAGUCAUCUGAGGAUCCUUCAAUCGGACAUAGACCAAUCCUGGCUAAACUCAGUUAGUUCGCGGACAGGCCCCGGUGAUCCUGACACCCAGAUGCUGGAGGCCCUACGAAGACGGAUGCACAACCUCGCCCAAAGUAACCGGGAGUUGCACGGGAAGUACCAGCGCCUGGAUACCGAGUCAAAAAUCAAAAUUUCAGAGCUGCAGGCCAGGAUUGAAUCGGAAAGCGGGUUCAGUCAGAGGAACAGUGAAAUUCUAAAGGAGAUCGCCGAAAUGAUUUGCAAACUGGGUUCUGUGGAGUUCUCCUACAACGAAAUCUACGAGGAAUCCUCGACGGAAAACCCCUUCUGUGCGGCCAUCAAGGAAAUAAUCGAGCAGAGAUCCGAGGAGGAGCGCAAGCAAAUGGCAUGUAACGAACACCUUGCCUGCCAAAUCGAAGGACUGCAGGACAAUCUGAAGGAUCGAGACAGUCAGAUCGACCAGCUGCAGUCCAUGAUCAGGAGCUACUCCGACUUCAGCGAAAACAACCGACUCAAAGGGGAGAUACACGAACUCAAGCAGAAAAACUGUGACCUGUCUCGUCAGGUGCGCGAAAUGGCUACCCUGCUGAGCAACCAAGAGGAGCAACGCGUGGAGCUGUGCACCAAGUACGGCAACCUGGUGAACAGCUUCGAGGAUCAGUGCCAGGAGCUUAAGGCAGCCAAUAGAAGAGUGCAGAGCCUGCAGGGGAAGCUGGACCAGCUGGAGCAGCUGCAGGGUGAGAUGAGAACAGAGCGUAAAAUGCUGCGAGAGGAGGUGAUCGCCCUGAAGGAGAAGGAAGCCGUUUCAGCCGGACGCGAGCGAGCACUUCAAGACCAACAGAAAAACUUUCAUCUGGAGGUGGAGAAGCAGCGCCAAACGAUUCGCGAGCUGCAUACACAACUGCGCCUGGAGGAAUCCCGAUUCCACGACAGCCAACGGCAGAUGGAGGAGGUCGUCGGGUCCAUGAAGAAGGAGAUUUGCGACUCAGCCACCAAGCACCAGCAAGCACUGACCCGUCUGAAGCAGCAGACCGAGGUCAACCAGCAGCAGGAGCAGAUCAUCGGCUCGUUUCGCAAGUGGAAGGACGCCCAGGUCAGGGCCGACGAUGCGAUGCGCCAGUGCGCCAAGAGGGCCGAGGAGCACAUUCACAUGCUGCUGGAGGAAAACCAGGCGCUGGCCGAGGACUAUCGCAGCCUCUUUCGCGACCACACGCUCCUGGAGACGGAGAUUUACCGGGUCAAGCAGGCGGUCAACUAUGCGCCCAGCUCCUCGUUGGCCUGUCCGCCGCAGGCGAGCGGUAGACGGACGAAUGCCGAGGCGGAAAACGAUAUGGACAGGCGGCUGCAGAGCUUGACCAGCACCUCCCAGCGUAUUUCCAACCAGAACCGGACUCUGAACGAACAGCUCUGCAACCCCUUGAGUUCCCGGAGCCCGUCAGGAAUAGGUCGCCCGGUGGCCCAGUCCACGUUGAGGCCUGCUACAGGAUCCUCGAAUGAUUUGUCGUAAGACAGGAUGUAUUACCAGGACUUCCCACUCCCUCCGUCCAUUUUAUCUAUGUUUUCACCCAAAAUCCCUAGGCCAACAUUACUUUCGAGGCGCGUAAUUUGUAAAUUAUCUUUGUAAAUUGUGGUAGAAAAGGAAUAAACCCAAGUGCUUGUGUA